UUUUCAUCAUUAGAAAUCACGAUCAUGUUGUUUUUUUAUAACGUCUUCAAAACGUCUUAAAAAAUUUUUCCACUACAGCUGUAUAUUGUCCUUGGGAAAAUUUCUUCUGUAGAGAAUUUUUGUUUUGUAUUCUAUUUACUCUGUUUCUCUUGUGAACUAGCGCCACCUACAUUUUUCUUUAUAGUUAUAUUGUUUUUAUUUGUUUACAUUUUCUACAACAUUUCUAGUGUUUCCACAAGUUAUGAUCUUGUAUAUGUGAUAAAACGAUUAAAUAUUUACAAAUUUUGCGGUCACUACAUAAAUUUAUAUAUUUAUCGAAAAUAUGGGUAAGGAAAUUCAUUUGAUCGGAAAACCCAUGCAAAAAAUUUCAGAACGUAAGUUGCCAACAGUGAAAGAGGUUAUGAGUGUUUUUUUUUAUCAGCUCAAAGUGUUAAAAUGUUCUAUCAAACAAAGUGCUAAAAAUGCAACUGAUCAAGUUAUUGAACUAUGGAAAAACAACCAGAUUCCGACUAGUGGAUCAACUAAUGUAAUACAAAAAAUUCUUCGCUAUCAUAACCAAUGGUUGAAAUUGCAAAAAUCUUUUGUGCGAAAAAAAUCAUCAGCCCAAAACAAAAAUGUAAUAAUAUUUCAGAAUGAAAUCAAAGCAUUAUUUGAUAUUGUAGAUCAUAAAUCAAUAAAACUGCUUGAUAAUGAUAUUCGUGAACUAUAUUCAAAUCAAAAAAGUGAUACCCGGAAAGAAAUUCUUUCAAAUAACCCAAAUAAAUUAAACAGUACUAUGAAUACGAUGGAAGUAGAUGAAAGUCAUUUGAAUCAACCCUCAACCAGCCAUGAGAUUGUUCGAAGUGAGGAAUCAGAGUCAUCUUCAACCCUUACAUUAAGUCAAGCUACAAAUUUCGGUUCAGAUUUAGAGUAUGUGCCUCAAAUACCGACAACACGAGCAAAAAUAAAUAAUCUAACUCCAGAGCUUAUCUCAGCACUCGACAGAGCUAAUGUUAGUAGUAGAGAUGCGAUGUUCAUUAUUGCUCUAGUUCUAUCAAGUGUUGGUGUUAAUGUAGAAGAUACAACUCUUAGUUAUCGAACAAUUCAACGAACUCGCAUGCUCUCACGAAAAGACAUUGUUAUAGGACUAAAAGAUAACUUCAAAGCUCAUGAUAAAUACGUCGUGCAUUGGGAUGGGAAAAUACUGAAUGACAUUUCUGAAUCGAAAUUUGUGGAUCGAUUACCGAUUAUUUUGACUGCUUUUGGUACUGAGCAGUUACUUGGAGUUCCAAAAAUGAAUAGUGGAUCGGCAGAAAAUCAAACAGCAAUCAUCUUGUCAACGUUAAAUCAAUGGGGUAUUAUUAGUUACAUCAAGGCGAUGUGUUUUGACACGACUGCGGUUAAUACAAGAAUCCAUCAUGGUACAUGUAAAGAAAUUGAAAAGGCCUUAGGAAAAGAAUUAAUUUGGUUACCAUGUCGCCAUCAUAUUUAUGAGAUCAUUUUAAGGAGUGCAUUCGAAGUCUAUUGGCCAGUAUCAUCCGGACCAAAUGUUCCAAUAUUUGGCAGAUUCAAAAAAUUUUGGGACACAUUCGAUAAAACGAAGUAUAAAUCUGGUGUUGAAGAUAGUAUUGUUGCUAAUAUUAUUACGAAUGAAAAAAAAUAAUCUAUCUUCAUUUAUUAAGCGAUACU